UAACUUUAGUGUUCUCGUGGUUCAUAAAUGAUGUACAGGUGAAAAUAUUAUUUCAAUUUUGAAUGCUCCGCAUUGUAUUAUACAUUUAUUUACUUACAGUCUGUUAUAAUAUAAAUGUGACUUGAAUAAAUCUUAAAUCAGUGUUAACUUGUGUUCCAUCGCAAAAAUGAUGCGCUUGAUGCGCUGUACGUAAUGAUUGGUAACGGUCAUGUCUUUGGAGUAUUUCACUUCACUCAGCCAUAUUGCAAGCAAAAUUAUUUGUCAACGAUUUAUGUGUAUUUACUAUAAAUAAAAAUCUGUGCAUAUAUUUAAUUAUCGUUAUACCACUAAUAAUUUAUUUAAUAUAUUUAUUAUAUUGGAAUGUUGAUAAAAAAUAAAAGUUAACUGUAAUUUUUAAACAUAAAAACAUGAAUCUUAAACAAUAAGAAAAAAAGAAAAAAAAGAAGCCGAAAAGGAGAGCCAGAAGAAUUCGGAGUACAAUAAUAAAAUAAUUUUUGUUUAGUCAUUAACAUUUUCUUCUUUAGAAUAACUAAUAGAUAAUUUAAUCAAUUAAUUAAUUGGUAACUGUCUCCUUGAUUAAAACUAGUGUACUUGUACAAAAGAUAAUAAAUCGGUACACGUGUCAAUUUGAAGAACUUGAAGAACUAUAGUUAAGUGAUAUAUUGAUAUUUUUAUCGAUCAAAAUUUAUAAAUCGAAUACGAUUGUAUUGAUCAAAAUAAUUAAUAUUUUGUGUGUUUUUAUUCAUCAAAUGCUUUAACUAUAUUAUUUAUUCAAUCAUGAAAACGAUGAUUAAACAAAUUUGAUUUUGAGAAUUUUAUUUGACAAAUUAAUAGGACAAAAAUAUAAUAUUAUACUGAGUUAUAUCACAAGACAUGGAUCAUUCUUUUCUUACUUAAAUAAGCCGCCAUGUCCAAUAAAAGUAAAUCUCAUCAACAACAAGAUCAACAACAACAGCAGCAGCAACAACAACAACAACAACAGCAGCUUACAAAUCCUGUGAAUAAACAAAUUGUAGGGAUUCCACCACAAUAUCAACCACCUCCUCAACCAACAAUUGGAAUUCUUAAAAAUUCUGCAGCUAUUUCUGUUCCUCCUAGUACGAUUUUGAAUAGUUUUCCUCAAGCGCAACAACAGCCUCUAAGAAUCUCGAAUUUGAAGGAUGUUCAAGGAGCCAAAAUAGGAUCGAAAAUAGAUAAUCUUGGUUCACAACCAAUGGUUGCCGGAGUAGCAUCUAAAAACCCACCGCACCUGUAUUAUACUUCCAAGAUUUCUUCAGGUCAAUUUUUACCUGGGAGUAGCUACCCGGGUAGUACAAAUCAGACCAUUCUGAAGCAAAGAAUAAGUGACGAAGAAUUUAUGAGACUCACUCCUAUUGAAAUGCUAAAGUUCGUGAGAAAAACUGAAGGCGAUAUAGCUAGAAUUGUUGCAGAACAAAAUCGACAAAUACAAAGUUUGUUAGCAGAAUUACGUGCGUUAAAAGAAGCUAAUCAAAGACUGAGCGAUGAUAAUCAAGAAUUACGAGACCUUUGUUGCUUUCUCGAUGACGAUCGACAAAAAGGUAGAAAAUUAGCUCGUGAAUGGCAACGAUUCGGUCGUUAUACUGCCAGUGUUAUGAGACAAGAAGUUUCAGCAUAUCAAAACAAAUUAAGGCAAUUAGAUAAUAAACAACAAGAGUUAAUUAAAGACAAUUUAGAACUUAAAGAGCUUUGUUUGUAUCUUGAUGAGGAGAGGGGUGGAGUUCAGAGAGAUGAUGGAGAUGGUUCGAGUUCUAGUACAAAUGCAGAAGAAACUAUGACUCCUAGAGUGAGACCAAAUUCCAUUUUUAAUGAUCAAACAAUGCAAUACGUAAGGAGCCUUGAGCAACGUGUAAAACAACUCGAGGAAGAUAAAUGUAUGCUUCAAGCAAGAGCUAGAUCUUGGGAAGCUGAUUCUCAAAGAAUUUGGGAUAAUAUUGGAAAUACAAAUGAAAGCGCUCAUAAUUUUGGAAGUCGUCCUGAAGCUGUUGUUCAAGCUCUUCAAGUUCUAAAAGUUCGUGAACAGCUGGAAAGAGAAGCUGCUCAUGACGGUGAAAAGGCUUUGGUUCGAGAAAUGUGUAAUGUUGUUUGGCGGAAAUUAGAAGAAGGUCCUCAUAUAAGACGUUAAAGAUGUAUCUUAAUGGAAAGCUGAAAGUUUAUUUAUACUAUUAUCUAAGAUAAAAUUUAAUUAUUAUGAAUAAAAUUAUGAAAUAUACUUUA